AUGGCAGCAUACAUCUCCCUCGCCGCAGUCCAAGUCAUCUUAGACUCCGUCGUAUCAGACCCUAUACCCGGAAACGAAGUCAAAGCAUUAUCAAACACCCUUCUCCAUCUCUACUUCCUCGUCACAGACGGCUGGAUCAUCACUCCUGAGCGUCAUGGCCUAGACUCCGUCAUCCUCCGCAUUCGCCACUAUCAACGACGUUACCCAGAUGACCUCACCCCAAUACAUCAUACAGUGGCCCUAGCUGGACCGACUACGGGCGACAACACAAAAGCAUCUCUGAAGCAGCUCGAACAAGCCCUCGACUUAUCGAAUCCUGACCCGGACUCUGGGCGAUGCUGGGCUCUCUUGUUUCGUGGUCUGGAGCUUCGGUUUUACGAAUAUCAUCGAUCUCGUCCGGUGGGCGAGAGGCUUGCUCCGUGGGCUUUGAAAUCGCAGUCUUUGGGAGACUCGUAUCAUGUGAGGAAUGAUAGCGUUGUCGUUGAGGAGAUGUUGCAGCAUAUGACUCAGCAUUCGAUGCCCGAUCCUGGGUAG